AUUCAAGUAGUGGAAUUGAUUCAUUAUGGUGUCAUUAAAAUACUAAGAAUGUUGUUUGUUUUUUUUUACAAAAAUAAUGAUUCCAGUUUGGUUUUUAUUUAAUUGUAACACGGAUUUUGUAAUUGAGAAGUUUCCCAAUAGGUGGCCAAAGUAAAUAUUUGACAUUCCAUGCAUACCAAACUCACAGGUUCGACCGAAAUGUCAAAUUCUUUUAACAGUUUUACUUGUUAGUGAGUUUUAUUGAGAAAAACAAUUUAAAUAUCGGUGUACGAUCAUUCCACAUAUAGUGAUAUCAACAUAAAGGAUUUACAAAAAUAUAGGAAAAAUAUAAGAUAAACGACAUGGAGAGUGGGGAAUCUCCUCUGGAAGUUUUAUCCAGAGCGGCGACUAUGGUUCAGGAAAAUCAACAUUUAGGAGUUUCCGACGAUUCCACUAAACCUUAUACAAAACACACAACCAAAUGGAAGCGAGAGAGGCGACCUAGACCACCAGAAUAUCCUCGAAAAACAUCAGAUCCCAAAUACACCGAAUUCAUUGCGGAUUCUCCUUGCCCAGUGUCUGGGGAAAACAACGGAAUUUCAACGUCGGAUACGCCAUUGGAUAUGAGCGUGAGACAGCGUGGACUACCACCUUCUUAUGCUCAAACUAUUAAUAAUCCGGGCUAUAGAUCCAGUUAUAGACCUUCCGUUAUACAUAAUGGAGUCCCACCACCGCCACAACAAAGGGAAGAACUACCGUCAGGUAUAUCUAUGUGUGAUCCGAUUAUAGACGAACAUUUCCGAAGGUCAUUGGGUAAUGACUACCACAUCGUUUUCCAAAAUAACAAUUCUUCCAAAGAUAAAGAUAAUUCACCACCUAAGACGCCUCCGGCAGUAACAACAACUACCAGCGUUAUCGAACUCAUGGAUGGUACAGGAUUGUCUGUAGACGAACAUUUUGCCAAAGCACUUGGUGACACUUGGACUAAACUAAAUAGUAGGAAAGAGUCUGAAAUACAAAAUGGUACUAGCGAAAAUGGAUUGGUUUCUACUUAAAUCUUAUAUGUAUAUGGAAUGUUCAAACAAGGAAAAUUUUGAAAACACAUUAUAUAUGAACGAAUUGUAUUUAUGUGUGAAAAAAAUUUAUACGGGAAAUUUCAUUACGCCCAUUUAUGUGUAUUAGUAGAAGCCUAUUUACAGAAUGGCGUAGAAAAGUUAUUAAAAGUAUAUUAAUUUAUUUUUUAUGCACGUCCCUUAUAAUUUUUUAUUGGGAGGAUGUUUAUUCAGAAAAUCAUUAGAAUUUUUGACAAAAUAUAGAUGUACUAUGUAUAUAUAGUGAUAAGGUUUUUCUUCAUAUUAGAUAAUAUUCAAAAUCAUAAUUUCUAAUUUAUUUUAGCCAAUUUUCCAAAAUAGUUUUUCCGAUUCAUAAUUCUGUCUCUACCGAAUCCUACCCACUCAUCUCACCCAUACUCAUGGUCUUGGUCGAUUAUUAAUUUUUCUUAAUGGACUCUGCCAGGAGAUCUGAUGGAUAUGUGGGACUCCCGUAUCGUACUCACUAAAUCGCCAAGUUAAGAAACAUAAUCUUUCAAUUGCUUUUAUUAUUUAAUGGACUAAAAUUGAUUUUAAAAUAGUAAUACUGGUAUCACUGCCAGGGGCAUAUCUUAACUAAUAUGAAUUCAAAUUAUUUUUUAAUGCUUAGAAUUUUCCUAUAUAUGUCAUAAAAAAAAUUACUUCAAUCAGUGACGGAUCUAGAACCUUAACAAGGGGUGCUAAACUGGGGUAUGGAGCAAGAGAGUGUGAAAUACAUCAUAUAUUAGGACCUUGAAACUUGUAAAUGUUCGAAGGAUUAUCAAAUACAUCAAAUAUUAGAACCUUGAAAGCUGUAAAUGUCCGAAGGACCAUCAAAUAUAUUAUAUAUUAGGGCCUUGAAAAUUGUAAAUGUUCGAAGGUCCAUUAAAGUAUGAAAUACAUGAUAUAUUAGGGCUAUAAAUGUGGUAAAUGUUUGAAGGAUCAUCAAAUACAUUUAUUAGGAGUUGAUUGUUGUAAAUGUUGGAAGGACUAUCAAAUACAUCAUAUAUUAGGUCCUUGAAUGUUGUAAAUAGUCAAGGACCUUCAAAUAAAGAAAUGUUUGUUUUUUAUGUGUUCAAUUAUAAUUAACAAUAUUUAAUCAGUAUUAACAAAAGCUGGUUCGAAUGUCAAUUGUCACUUAUAUUUCACAGAAUAAAUCAGAUCAGGGCUACCCAACCUUAAAACACAGAGUUGUAUAAUUGUAAGGUUGGUUGCCUAAUGUAUUAAACGGCUGGGGACAACAGUAUUGCAAAUCUAUCAACUUUUUUCAUUAUCUUUGUCAUUAUUUAUUGGCACAAUCUAAAAUCUAAAUAGAAGGAAAAGAGAAGGGAUGAUCGAUAUUUGACAAGACAAGCAUCGAUGAAUCGAUGUAUAUCGAUUAAAAAUCAUCGAUGUAUCUAAAACAUCGAUAUUUUUGGUAGAAAACAAUUGAAAUUUUUUAUGAAAUGUAUCUUUAUUUAUAUACGUAUCUGGAACAAAAAAUUAGCAGUCUCAGUAUCGUUUUUUGUUAAAUAGUAUUGAACUCCAGGUACAUCAGCAUUAAAACUUGAAAAUUUACUUUGUCACUUUCUCCUGUAUACCCACGUUAGAUUAUAUCAAUUUGAUAAUGUACUAUUGAUUUAAACUAUGUUAUUUCAACCUUUUAAAAAUGAUCAAAUUAUUUCAGAUUCAAUGGUGCUGUACUCUAUCGAAUGCCUUCUCAAAAUCCAAGUAUACAAUAGUUAGUUUGUAUGUUGAGGUUAUGUCCAUUUAUCCACAUAAAUAGGUUAACGAGUGUAGACUUUUGGCUAGAAGCUUUGACGUUGUCAAGAAAGGACGUGAGCUCCUGAAUAAUUAUUUUAUCAUAUCUUUGAACAAAUUGGAAGGCCGGCUAAUAGAUUAAUAGUUGCUGGGUGCUUAUUUUUGGAAAUGAAAUAUUUAAUUUAGUAUUAAUUAAUUUUUAUAUUAUUAAUAUCGACUCAAGUAUUGAUUGGGAAUUAAUUUAAAAUUACUAUUUUAUCACUAUAUAUACAGAACGCUUACUUGAGUUGUCUUUUGUGAUUAUAAAAUAGUUUUUUUUAGUAUUUAAAUAGUUCCUAUAAAUUUCAUUGGUUACGAUGGCUUUUCAGAAUAUUAUGUUUUAUUUUUUCAAUUAUACAAAUUUGUUGUCAUCGUAUUUUAUACUUAUAUAUAUAGUUAUGUCAAUGAAUAAGACACAGCUACGAUUUUUUUUAUAUUCUGAUAAGAUAUAAGGUGAAUGAUGUUAUAUAAACAAUAUCUAUGUUAUUAAAGUAGAAAAAAUAUUUGUAAUAUUAUAUUCAUUGUAAACGAAAAAAAAAAUACAAAUUAUGAUAUUUUUUAUAUUACCACUGAAAAUUUUAUGGAAUGUGAUAAUUAUAGCGAUGUAGAACUUGGAACAUAUACAGAAAGUCAAAAGGAGCAGUGAAGUUAGUACCAUAUCGAAACCAUUCUCGCAUUCGAAAGGUUUGAGACAAAGCUGCAGUUUAUCACUAACAUUAUUUAAAAUAUACAUUCAGGAAGCUCUGAGUAGUUGGAGAAUUAAAAUUGCGAGAAAGGGAAUUGAGAUGAGGAUAAGUACCUAACAACUCUAUUUUUUGCAAAUGAACAAGUUGUUAUAGCUUACAACGAGGACGAUGCUGAGAAAAUUGGACGACGAAUAUGCAAAAUGGAAUUUGAAUAUAAAUCUCUGUCGGUAGGAAGUACACCAUACUGCAAAUAAAUAGGGCAAGACGAUGUAGACAAUUCAAAUACCUGGGUAUUAGGUUUAAAUGUGCGUUGUAUAGAGUGUGUUAAAUAAAAUUAUUUAUUGGAACAAAAUGACUACAAUAAUUCUUUAUAAUAAUAACUAAAAACUUAAUUCACUCUGUCGACCAUGCUUUCGACACCACCUUCAGUCUAUCUACUCAGCUUCCCGCUCUCUUCUUCUUUUUUGUAUAUGAAACACAUUUUUCAGGUUUGACCACAGAACUAUAUUGUUUGUCAAUAUUAACACUGGGAAACAUAAUUUUGGAAGAUGGAACAACAGAAGAAGAUGUAGAGAAUAACCAAAGAGACUAUGGGAAUGGACUAUUUGAAAGGAUCGUGCAGAAUAUCCAGAACAUAUCAUAUAUGACGAAGAACAGGUCAAGUAUACACGACUUGAGAGAGAAUACAGACUAAACAACUGCUCUGGUACGGACAUUUGAUGAAGAUGGAGCUGAACAGGUGGCCGAUGUAUCAACCGCAGUAUAGGAGAAGACGAGGAAGACUCUCAAGGACCUUAAAACAGACCAUGAAAGACAUAGCUAUCUAGGAUUCUAACUGUUGUUAAGGCCUCCAAUAGCUCUGUGCCCAUAAUAUUUUUCUUUGAAAAACAAGAUCCUAUACUGAUUAAACCUAAUUUUUGUGAAACGUUACAAGAAACGGAAGCUCUCAUUCCCAAUAUUUGUUGUUGCCAAUGUUGCCAGUAGUUGCGGCAAAAUCGUAAAAAUUGUGUCGCCCUUUAUCUUGAACACGGAUGGCGUUACGAAAAUUUUUUACUGAGCAAACUACAAAUAUUUUUCAGUUUUGUAUCUAUCCUAGAGGCGGUAUCACCUUUUUUUGAAACAACCUCUAUAAUUUAUAAUUAUUUUUGAAAGUAUUUUUUUUCUGCAUUUAUAUAAAAGAUAAAUUAUAUAAAUUGUUAACCUUCAUCUCAAAGUUUUCUUAUUUUAAAUAAAAAAAAAAAAAAUAUCAAAAUUAAUAAAAAUCAUUAGAAUCGUAGCUGGUCCUGAAGAUUUCCGAGAACAGAAUUUUAUUGACGUGAUUAAGAUAAAAAUAUAUAUUAGUUAAGAAUUAUAUAAACACUGUUUACUACUACCAUUUAUUCAAUGAUUAAUUAUCAAUUCUCGGGAUUUAGUAGUUACCCAUUUUGAUAUUUAAAAAACAAAUUUAAUAAGAAAAAAAAACUAUGAUGCAUACAAAGCGUGAAGUAAAUUGAUAUUACGGGGGUAUUAUAAAUAAUACUAAAAAUUAUUUUUUUGUAAACUUCCGGUUGCUAUAAUAAUUUGCAGUGAUUUUAAAUUGCAUCAGAUGACACAAAGAAGUAUGUAAAAUGCAUCUAUCGCUUGCAAGGUAUCUGUAACUUCUAAAACUAAUAAUUUUUUAUUAAUGUUUUGUUUUGAAUUUUGAUAAAACAAUGUAAUAGGUUAGGUUAGGGAAAUUUCUCCUGUAUGUUAUCAACUACUCGCAAAUUAUUUCGAUUGAUGAAGAUGCUACCUGCAUCUCUAAAGAUUAUUAGAAUUAUUCGAGUGCAAUUAACUCCAUUAAAUUUCAAGUAGAAACUGUUAUUUUUGUUGUAAGAUAAUUUACUAAAAACAUAGUAGAAUUACUUAAAUGAGAUUAAAAGAGAAAAAAAAUCGAAUGGGUCUUCGUUGGUUUCUUCAACCUCGAAAUCGCUGAUAAUCUCUUGAGAUCUGUCAUCAGUUGGCCAGUCACAAGUUUCUUCGGAAAAUCCCCGAUGCUCAUCUGAAAUGUAGGCUCUCAGUUUUUUAAUAUCUUCCAUCUUUGCAGUUUUUAUUGGCACCGACCUUGGUAAGCUUAACUGAAGAUGAGGAGAGAGUAUCUACUUUUGUCUUAGGUAGCAAAAAGUUGUGUCGAAUAAUAUUAUUUAUUGUAGGGUGGGCUUUAACAUAUCCUUUCAACUUAAAUUCAUAAACGAACAUAAAGAGAGGACUAAUCUGAAAGUACAUUUUAUCCUUCUUAUCUGUUUUUUUCCCUUUUGCUUCUUGUGAUAUACACGAUUUUUUGUAAAAUCUAUUUUGCCAUUUCUUAUAAUCUAAAACCAUCUCAGAUGAUGUAACCUCAUGAAUAGUGAACUUAUUAAACCGUGAUGAGUUCAGCAAAAUUAUGUCAGUUAUUUCAUGAACCAUCAAAAAUGCGGUCAUGUUUCUUCAAAGCCUUGGAUAUUAUUUCGAAAUCCCUGUCACACCGGAGGAAACUGUGGCUGCGAACCUUCUGGAAACGACCUGAUUCUGUCAGGUAUAAGCAGACCCUUAACAUCGCUUGGUUUUUGUUUUGGCCCGAACAGUUAUCACUGAACUGGCUUGGUACUGAUAUUCAUUAAGAAAAGAGAAAAAUGCUGAUUUGACCCAUUUCCAUUCAUGAUAAAAUCGCUCUUUUAACAAAAAUCGAUUUAUUCUGAUGUUUUAGACUACAAAACCACCAAAACCUGAAAAUUGAAAAAAAAAUGGAUUUACGCCCGUUUAAAAACAAAUAAAUUCAAUUAUUAUGUUUGGAAAUUCAACACUUUUAUGACAGAUAAAUUUUGAACAUAAACUUUAGGUUGGAAAUAGACCAAAUAAAUAUUGCUCACAAAGUAUCAUGAGGAGACUAUAGAAAGCGAAUAUGGUAACCCAAAAGGACCAUAUAGAGUUCUAGUUCUUUUUUUUAGUAUUCUAUUCCACGAUUUCAUCGAUGUUGUUUUCCAUAGUUCACUUUCAUUCCAGUCCACUAAUGUCAGGUCUCCUACCAUCGCGUGUCCAAUGUAUGUUUCCUAUCUUAGAGUUGGAGGCUUCCAUUCCACUUUUAUUUUGGCUACCAAUGUUCUGGUAUUCCUUGGACAUGAAUCCAAUAUAAUGUUACGUUAUUAUUGAGCAUUCUAUUUUCAUUAUGCAGUUUUAUCAGUUCUUGUGACGUAAACACACCUUAUAUAAUCCAAUGCUACGGUUAUUUAUUGUUUCUUUUUGCUGUUUCCAUUGGCCAUACUCCUACCCCAUAUCUUCGGUAUUUCCUUUAGUUAGAGUGCUGUUCCAUACAAGUCCAGUGCUUUUGUAGCUUUUUUCUAAAAUGUAAAACUAUGCCGUAUAAGCGUCUACAUUGACAACGCAGCAUACCUUUUAUUUGGCAACAUCUACUUUGAUAUUCUGCGGUUGUUCAACGUACACAAUGUGUAUAUCAAUCGUCUAUUGUUGUACAAUGUUUGUUUGGGUCACUUCCACCAUCAUUAGAUUGGGGAUUAAUUUGCUUCAACAGUUUUUCCCAAUCUUAUCAACAUAGAAAAAUAUCUGGUUACCUAAUUUUCACUUAUAUCUUCAUUUUAUUAAAGGAAACGGGAAAAUACGAUCGAUAAGUAGUUUUAUACCAUAUUUAGUAAACUUACAUUUUUUUUUGUUAUAUCUGUAUAUAGUUUUCAGCUGUAUAUAUUGACCAUUAGAUUAUAUGUUUAUGAAAAGUGUGCCAAAUUACCUUUCAAGGAUCUUUGGCACACAAAAUAUUUUUUGUUAAUUACGAUUAUGCUAAAUCAAUGAAACAAUGUUAUUUAAUGUAUUCAAUCUAAUAAAUUAUUUUUAAUUUU